AUUUAAAGCUCUGGAGCAGCAGCAGAAGCAGAGCAGCGGUGGUUGGAUCUAUUACUUAUGAUUGGGGGGCACCGGAUGGUUCCACUGCACAGACCACUGUGAUCCGCAGCUUCACGGUACACUGGGGAACACAGACGCGGCUGCACAAACUACAGGUGAUAUUUAAGCACCAUGGGAGGCGUUGCUCUAGAUGAUGGUCCAUCAAAUAUAAAAGCCCCGGAUGGUGGCUGGGCCUGGGCUGUCCUGUUCGGGAGUUUUGUCAUCAAUGGCUUUUCCUAUGCAUUUCCCAAAGCAGUCAGUGUGUUUUUUAAAGAGCUGAUCAAGGAGUUUGGCGUUGGAUACAGUGACACAGCCUGGAUCUCCUCCAUUUUGCUGGCUAUGCUUUAUGGUACAGGUCCCCUAUGCAGCAUUUGUGUGAACCGGUUUGGAUGCCGACCGGUCAUGUUGGUUGGUGGUCUCUUUGCCUCCAUGGGAAUGGUGUCUGCAUCCUUCAGCACAAAUAUUAUCACACUUUAUCUCACUGCUGGUGUUAUCACAGGUCUGGGCCUGGCACUAAACUUCCAACCCUGUCUAAUCAUGCUAAAUCAAUACUUUGACAAACGUCGUCCUUUAGCCAAUGGAUUAGCUGCAGCAGGAAGCCCUGUUUUCCUCUGUGCCCUCUCUCCACUGGGACAAUUGCUCAAUUAUCAUUUUGGCUGGCGUGGGGGCUUCCUUAUCCUUGGUGGACUACUGCUUAACUGUUGUGUGUGCGCCUCCCUGAUGCGGCCACUAGAGCCUUCAAAGAAAGAGAAAGCGCUAAUCAAGGAAGCGGAGCUCAAGGAAGCAGAGCUGAAGAAACCAAAGAAGAAGCUUCUAGAUUUCAGUGUCUUUAAAGAUGUAGGUUUUGUUAUAUACACCAUAGCUGCAUCCACCAUGGUUCUGGGACUGUUUGUACCACCAGUGUUUGUUGUGAGCUAUGCUAAAGACCUAAAAGUAGAAGAUACAAAGGCUGCUUUUCUCCUAACAAUCCUUGGAUUUGUUGACAUUUUUGCAAGACCCACCUGUGGUGUGAUUGCAGGUAUAGAAAAAGUGAGACCAUAUUCAGUUUAUCUUUUUGCCUUUGCAAUGAUUUUUAAUGGAUUUACUGAUUUGAUGGGCUCCAUGGCAGAUACUUAUGGUGGACUAGCUGUUUUCUGUGUCUUCUUUGGAAUUUCCUAUGGAAUGAUUGGAGCACUCCAGUUUGAAGUUCUAAUGGGUAUUGUUGGUACAAAGAAGUUCUCCAGUGCUAUUGGAUUGGUGCUACUUGCAGAGGCCUUUGCUGUUCUUAUUGGACCACCAUCAGCAGGGAAAAUCCUGGACGCUACUGGAAAGUACAUGUUUCUCUUCAUUAUUGCUGGCACUGAAGUGGUGCUUUCUUCAGUCAUUUUAUCUGCUGGAAACUUUUUCUGUCUUAAAAAGAGAGCUGAAGAUUCACAUUCUAAGGAAAUCAAUGAAGAAAUGGGUGAACUUAACCCAAAGAUUGCAGUUCCUGAAAAUACCAAUGUGGACUCUGCAGAAGUGGAGCAAUUUUUAAAAGAUGAAAAGGAAAAGAACGGUGAAGUUGCAACAAAUCCUGAAACGUGUGUAUGAGCCUUUUGUUUUAACCCUGAGGACUGUUAUUUCUGUGGAUAACGGGGGAAACUAUAUGAGGAUUUGCCAAUCAACCUUCUCGAUUCAGACAUGGACUUGAUAAAAGGUUUACACAAUACAUAUACUAGACGAGCUUCACCUUAAUGUUGAGUGAAAACGUUUUUAAUUUUAACUAGGAGCUAACUGUUGUAAUUCCCCAUCAUGCUUUGUGCUUGUAUUGGGGUGAUGUCUCAGGCCUGUAAAAUCUUAUAUUUUUAGUAUAUAAUGUAACUGCCUAUUUUAUGUGUGAUUUGUUUUAUUCUUUAUUUAUAAAAUCAUUUUGUGAUACCUCA